CGCGCAGCGCAGGCGGCGCGGAUCGCAGGGAGCCGGUCCGCGGCCGGAACGGGGUCUCGGGUGUGCGUGUGCGACAGAACUCCGGGGACACGGCCACGAUGAACACGGUGCUGUCGCGGGCGAACUCGCUGUUCGCCUUCUCGCUGAGCGUGAUGGCGGCGCUCACCUUCGGCUGCUUCAUCACCACCGCCUUCAAAGACCGGAGCGUCCCGGUGCGGCUGCACGUCUCGCGGAUCAUGCUAAAAAAUGUAGAAGACUUCACUGGACCUAGAGAAAGAAGUGAUCUGGGAUUCAUUAACUUUGAUGUGACAGCAGAUCUAGAGAAUAUAUUUGAUUGGAAUGUUAAGCAGUUGUUUCUUUAUUUAUCAGCAGAAUAUUCAACAAAAAAUAAUGCUCUGAACCAAGUUGUCCUUUGGGACAAGAUUGUUCUGAGAGGUGAUAAUCCGAAGCUGUUGUUGAAAAAUAUGAAAACGAAGUAUUUUUUCUUUGACGAUGGAAAUGGUCUCAAGGGAAACAGGAAUGUCACUUUAACCCUGUCUUGGAAUGUCGUGCCAAACGCUGGGAUUCUACCUCUUGUGACAGGAUCAGGGCACGUGUCUGUCCCGUUUCCAGAUACCUAUGAAAUUAUGAAGAGUUAUUAAAUUAUUCUGAAUUUGAAACAGCAUAUUUUUAUACUUAACAAAUCGUAUCUCAUUCAUGUCCUCCCUUGCAUCUGCAUUUGGUUUUGGUUGUUAAGUUAAUUUUUUUUAAUAAGAACUAACAUCAGAAGGCAUAUUUGAAGGGGAAGGUUAAUGUGCUACUUAAUUUUACAAUCAAAACAAAGGAAAAGAAGGCCGCCAGAGUGGAGUAUUGUAAGAAUAAGAAAGCUACACCACAGGAGUUGUCCAGUUUAUCUUUGCCGUGUUCCCUGUGUUCCCAUUGUUGACGGACUGGAGGGAGCGUGACGGGCCACAGCGUCAGGGGCAGUGGGCCUGCGGGAACUGUUGUAUGCCUUGGGCUUGAGCAGUUCACACUGCGUGUGAUUCGGUGGUCAGCCUCUUGGAGCUCCUCGGGGCUGUCGGGCCUGGAGACAUUACUGUGGGCAUUGGGGAGAAGCCUGGUUUACAGAAGAGCCAAGAGGGUGGGGAUUGUGUCCAUGUGUCUUAGGAAGGCCCAUAAUGCUUGUUUUCUUACAGGUGACAAGCAACUUUCUCCACUUAAGGAAUAAAUACCUCCUUCUAUGCUGUAAA